AUGACUACUGUCCUGAACUUUGGAGGCCAUGCUGUGGGACACGUCCAGCACCCAGUCAAUCAGUCGAACACAACUCCACAAGCCCUCGUCAAACACAAGAGGCAGAUCGAGGACAGCAUGAUCAGCAAGGGCUUGGACACCCAGCUGACUGUUUCUUUGGACUUCGUCAAGCCAGCGGACGCAAGCCAGAAUGACAAGCGGCGUGGCCUUCAGCUCGCUACCGCCGCAGCAGCAGACAGUGGUCGACUGCUGUGGAAUGUUCCAACCAUCAUCUCCCCUUUGCCACUGAUCAAGAUGAUUGACAUGCUUGGCUUUGAGGACUCAAAGCCGGGGCCAUCAGCCCGAGCAGAGCAGAAAGGUGUUGGGGCCCACACAAAGAUCCUGUCAGCCUAUUUGACCGGGGUGAACUGGGAGAUCGACCAGUCGCUUGUGGUCCUUGAUUUGGUUCCAAACAGGCAAUGUGAAUUUGCGCGGGCCAUCAUGGAUCGGCUUCUCGCAGGCAAUCAGCGCCCAAAGAUCAAAUUCUUUUUGGUGCUGAGGCCAGAUCAGAAGGAUGUGCUACAUCAGCUGGAGCAGCAGGUUUACAGUCAUUGGGACAACAGCAGCACCGCCCCGCCGAAGCAGCGAGAGCGAUCCCGCCAGGAACAGCCUCAGCUUCAAGUCUUCUGUUGGGCGGGAGGCGCCCCCCAGAUGCCUGAGGCGGUCCUCAAGAAGUUCCCCCAGGGAACUCCGCAGCACCAGGAGGUCUUGAAAAUGGAAGCAGAACUACGGGCUUUGUGGCCGGCAGCUGCGGCGCCAACCUCAGAUUCCAGGUCCAACGCACCGCGGGUUUCUGCGAUGCCUGACCUUGCUGGUGCAAAAUUCGUGGACUUGAGCCGAGCAGUUUCCCUUCCCAAGAUUGACGUUGCUGGCUUCAACGUGCCCAGGCUUGCUUACUGCGCGGGCAAAGGGGGAAGGCCUUCGAUCCUCAUCUCGACGAGUUUCGAGGUGUACCUCGGCAAUUUGACCAACGAGGAGUUGAAGCUGGAACCUUUAGAUCUUUUCGGCUUUAACACUGGCCAGUGGGAGAUGAAGAUAAUCAAAGAUCUUGGCCAAGCUGAAGCAGCAACUCUUCCAUGGCGCUUGGCCACCGACACCACGUAUGUGGCUGUUGACAAGAAGCCAAUCUUGCUGUGCAGCUACAUUUGCCAGCUGGCCCGGGAGCAAGGUCUGGCCGACAUCCAAAUCUCAGACCACGUUGUGAACCCGAAGAUGAGACCGUUUGUUUCCAUUUACGGUUGCUAUGCCAGCUGUGUAAUGAUCAAGUCCUCUAGCUUUGUUACUGUUGGUGAUCGUGCUGAAAAGGAGGGAUCCGAAGAGCCUUUGCCCAUGCCGUUUCGCUACGAGAUCCUUGCAGACCCAUCGAACAAGACCAACUGUUUCCGGCCCAAUUCUCUUGGAGCUUCCUUCAACCACGAGACCCACAAGCCCAACACGGUCGGCGCUUGCUACAUUGGACAGCUCAACAAGGUAUUCCAACAGCACCAGAAUGAUAAGAUUGCUUUGGUGUGGGAGGCUCGCUACUUGAACUUUGUUUUUUGCCUCCAGACAGGGGUUGUCGGUCGCAAGCCUUUCGCAGGUUGGGUUGCAGACGGGGUCAUCAACGCCAAAGAUCAGACCUUUGAAACCAAAGGUCUACCUUUUGUGCAACAUGCGCUUAGCCCCACAGACUUGGAUGAAAGUGGGGUGAUCGCCGACGUCGUUUUCCAAAGAGUUUGUCGUUACGCAGCGCUUGCCCACUGCAAAGUCGAUACAUAA